AUGUCUCCGCUUCGGGUGGAACUCUUCAGGUUCAGGUUCAUCACUCAGAGCAAACUCAAUACCAGCAUUAGUCAUAUCAGGUCCAGCAGCAGGAGCAGUCUAUUCCAGUAUAGAGACAUCAUUAACAUGAUUUCAAUUCGUGUUUGUGUUGUGCUACUGAGUUUGACUGUAUGCCGGGGGCAAAUAAUCAACCCUUUCUUAAACCAGGGAUCUUCGUUUUUGGAUUUCAACGUACUCAACUUCUUUAAUCCUCCGAAGCCUGGAAGUGGAUUGAAAAGAAUAAAACUGGUUGAACCGAUUAUAACAGGAAGAUUUCUUCUGAAGCAUUAUCAGUACGAUGGUCUAGAGGAUGUUUUGAAAGCUCAAGGUUUGAGUGAGGAUGCAAUCAGAACCAUUCGUGAUGCUUCCGUCGUAGUAUCUGUCAGCUUAAAGGAGAAUGAUUUGUCUAAUGAGAAUAUGAAUGACAACUUUGAUUAUUAUGCUGAACCUGAAGUUCAAACAAGGCGAGGAUCUAAUGCUUCAGUUGAGAAGGCGGAAGAGAUUACUAUAACUACUGAGGAUGGAAACAAUGAUGAUUCGAUCACACUGAUUCCUGGAACUGAGAUCAAUAUUACCAAUCCUAUCAAUAGGGAACUUACCUCGGUGAGAUCUGUGAUCUUAUCUCCGACUAUGAUCCGAACCCUCUCUGAAGGUUUGAGAUCUGGAAACAUUGAAAUCAAAACCUGGUCUUUCCAUCCUACUGGAGUAAACCUGAAAACUGAGGUCAUUAAAAAGAACAAUCUGUUCCCAACAGUCGGAAAUCAGAUCUACGUAAGAGUGGAUGAGAGGAAUAAUCCAAAACAGCUGAAACUUGGUUGGAUCUAGUUAGAUAAUCCUCUUAAAAUAAAAACUUUCUCAAUUUUUAUACAAUAAAUAUAUUUUCUUUGGAACUGA